CUGAUUGGCCAGUGUGAGGAGCGGCAAGGCCGUGACGGGAAGGCUUAAAGGAGGAGUCGGGAGAAGGGCGGGCGGCAUGGGCUUUGGGUGCUUAGUGAAGCGGACGCUGCUGUGCGGAGUGCUGGCGACGCGGGGUCUGACUCGGACGAUGUGUGCCCAAGAGACCGACUGGCAAUCGGCCAAAUCUAUCUACGACUUCCAUGCUCUGGAUAUCGAUGGCAAUGACGUCUCCUUGGAAAAGUACAGGGGCUAUGUCUGCAUCAUCACCAACGUCGCGUCGAAAUGAGGCAAAACACCCGUAAACUACACUCAGUUUGUCGACAUGUACGGUCGAUUAGCUGAGCGUGGUUUACGAAUCCUUGCUUUCCCCUGCAACCAGUUCGGCAAGCAGGAGCCAGGCACUAAUGAAGAGAUCAAAGCUUUUGCUGCAGGUUAUGGGGUGAAGUUUGAUAUGUUCAGCAAAAUUGAAGUCAAUGGGGAAGGGGCCCACCCUCUCUGGAAAUGGAUGAAGAGCCAGCCCAAGGGCAAGGGCACAAUGGGAAAUGCAAUAAAGUGGAACUUCAGCAAGUUUCUCAUCAACAGAGAAGGCCAGGUGGUCAAGAGGUACAGCCCCAUGGAUGACCCAUUUGUGAUCGAGAAGGACCUGCCUGCUUACCUAUAGGCCUUGAUCCUGUCGUCUUGGACCCUGCAGCUUGCUCCUCCGCUUUCCUGGGAUGUUCUGCCUCCAUGAUAGCCUGCCUUCAAGCCAAACUCACUUGGUGAGACAGGCUUGACAAACUGGCAUGAGCUCACAGGGAUGAGGAGGCCCCUAUGGGACAAUUGCUGGCUGGCACACUUGUAGAUGCACGAGCUGAGCUUUGUAGUAAUAAAGGAGUUAUUUUUUUCCUCUUCACAA